CUAGCCUGGACUGUGGGCUGAGGGGCGGAUAAGCAGCAGCAGCAGCAGCGGCGGCAGCGGUGGAGAAGUAGCGGGCAGCGGAGGGAUUUUUCUCGCCCGCUCCGACAUGGCCGGACAGCAGUUCCAGUAUGACGACAGCGGCAAUACGUUUUUCUACUUUCUUACAUCCUUCGUCGGUUUAAUUGUCAUCCCGGCCACCUAUUACCUCUGGCCGCGGGAUCAGAAUGCAGAACAAUUGCGGCUGAAGAGCUUGAGAAGAGUUCAUGGAAGAUGUCUGUGGUAUCGCCUCAGGCUUAUGAAAUCACAGCAGAGCAUUGUCCCAACACUAAAAAAAGCAGCCCUGCUGUUUGGUUGGGUGAUAUUUAUCUUCCUGGCUUAUAAGGUGUCUAAAUUAGAUCGCGAGUACCAGGAGUAUAACCCCUAUGAGGUCCUAAAUCUAGAUCCGGGUGCAUCUGUGUCCGAAAUCAAGAAGCAGUACAGAGUGCUGUCGCUAAAAUACCACCCUGACAAAGGAGGAGACGAGGCCAUGUUCAUGAAGAUCGCUAAAGCUUAUUCAGCUUUAACCAAUGAUGAAUCGAGGAAAAACUGGGAGACCUACGGCAACCCAGACGGCCCAAGAGUCGCAAAUUUUGGAAUUGCUCUUCCUGCAUGGAUUGUUGAUCAGAAGAACUCCAUGCUGGUGCUGCUCGUGUAUGGUUUGGCCUUUAUGGUCAUUCUUCCAGUGGUUGUGGGUACCUGGUGGUACCGUUCCAUUCGCUACAGCGGCGAUCAGAUCCUUAUUAACACAACCCAGCUCUUCAUGCACUUUAUGUACAAAACGCCCACUAUGAACAUGAAACGGCUAGUGAUGGUGCUAACGGCCGCCUUCGAAUUCGACCCACGUAGCAACAAAGAAGCGAUUAUAAGACCAACGGACAACAUUGAAGUCCCACAGCUGAUUCGGGAGCUGGGGAACAUCAAUGUGAAGAAGAAAGAGCCUCCAUUUUGUUACCCCUACAGUCUGAAAGCUCGCGUGCUUGUCCUCACACACCUUGCCCGGAUGGAGGUGUCGGAGAAUAUCGAAGAAGACCAGCGGUUUGUGGUAAAAAAGUGCCCGGCUUUGCUUCAGGAGAUGAUCAACGUUGGUUGCCAGCUUACAAUGAUGGCUACCAGCAGAGGAGGAUUCCGCGCUCCCAGACUGUCCUCGAUCGAGAACUGUAUGAAGCUGUCUCAGAUGGUGGUGCAGGGGCUACAGGAGGCCAAGUCUCCUUUACUGCAGCUGCCCCACUUCGAGGAAGAGCACCUCAGAUACUGCAUCUCCAAAAAGUAUAAGGUACGGAGCCUUCAGGACCUGGUGAGUCUGAAGGACUCGGACAGGAGGAACAUGUUGAGGUUUCUGGGAGAGGAGAAAUAUGACGAGGUUAUAGCAGUGCUAGGAAGCUUCCCCCACAUUACCAUGGAAACCAAACUUCAAGUGCUGGACGAUGAAGACAGUAAUAACAUCACAGCAGGAUCCAUCGUCACGGUUACGGUCACCUUAACACGGAAGAGGAUGUCUGAGGUUUUUGAGAAGGAGCAGGAGACUCCAGCACCUGCGGAGGAGGCUAACACAGAGGAGGCACAAGGUGACGGCGCGAAGAACAAAAUGAAAGUCUGGCAGAACAAGAGUAAAGGUGCUAAGAAAGCAGCCAAGUCCAAAAAGAAGAAACUGACGAAGAAAAAGCCAGUCUCUCAGCAGCAGGUCAAAGGAGACAAGGCCAAACAGGCCAAUGGCAACGUGGCAGGAAAUGAAAUGGCUGCAGCAGCCAAAGAGGAAGAUGAAGAGCUCUCUGACAAGGGCAGUGAGUCAGACGAAGCGGAGGGAAACAAGGACUCUCCCAGCGAGAGAGAUGACGAGAGUGACAAACAGAGCGACACCGAGGCAGACGAGGUCACGGGAGACGAUGAGGAGGAGUGGGAGGCCCUGCAGCAGAGCAUCCAGCGGCGAGAGCGAGCCUUGCUGGAGACCAAGUCAAAGAUCACGCAUCCCGUGUACAGUUUGUACUUCCCAGAGGAGAAGCAGGAGUGGUGGUGGCUCUACAUCGCUGACCGCAAAGAGCAGACGCUGGUGUCCAUGCCCUACCACGUCUGUACUCUGAAAGACACGGAGGAGGUCGAGCUGAAAUUCCCUGCUCCAUCCAAAACAGGGAACUAUCAGUAUUCAGUGAUUCUGAAGUCAGACUCGUUUAUGGGACUGGAUCAGGUUAAGCCGCUGAAGUUGGAGGUGCAUGAAGCGAAGGCCAUGUUGGACAACCAUCCACAGUGGGACAUCCCAGAGACUGAGGAAGAGGAGGACCAGGAGGACAGCGACGGAAUCGAGGAGUCGGAAGAAGACGAUGAAGACAAUGACUAAUCCAGUCAACCCUAUAUGAACUGAAUCACACACCCAUGUGCCCUGUCUUGUUCUCACACACACACACACACACACACACACAACUUUGCAGCUCAAAAGCGCCGCCAUACACAAUGUAAACACAAACAUUUAAGAGGUAUGUGAUGGCCCUCUGCAGUUCCUUUUUUUUUUUUUUUUUUUUUUAAAUGCUCUGUUCACUUUGAAAUCCAAAAUGGCUGCCGGGUCUCUUUCCUGAAGUCCACAAUGAGGCGUUUUACUAACUGCCGUUUAAGAGAAAUAAACAGACUGCUUCCCUCGAAACAGGCACCUCAUGAUCAUCUUUGUUUUUGUUUUUUGUUUUUUUUUUUUAACCUAUUGAUUAGUCAUUGAUUUUUUAUUUUUUUGCACAUUUUCUGUGUAUUUUCUUUCUUCACAUUUAUAGUGUAAUAGAGAAAGUGAUUAGGAUGCGGGCAGUGUGAGCUGGACAGGCUAACGGGUGCACAUGGAGUUGAGUAGCAAUGCUCAGUAGGGAACUGGAGGCGUAAAUAUUAAUCAUCUCAUUUUCAUUCUAGUUAGAGAUCUUGGAAGCUCUGCAUCAGCUCUGCCGUGACACUCAUCAUCUCUUCCUCGUGACGAUUUCAGACAUUCCACAGCCAGGUUUUUAGUGCGCUCUAACCUUGAUAAUGGACCAGCUGUAUGGUUUAGUGUGUCUUGGUCCUAAUACACACCUGUAUGAAUUCACAGGUAGAUUUAGCUGCUGUUUUCCUUUUGUAAUUUUUAUUAGCGAUAUCUUUCCUCUAAGGCUAAAGAUCACUGCAACAUCCGAACGCAGCAGGUGCGGGUUGACUUCGUGUAAAGAAAACGUCUUCGUCGUCGUCGUCCCACGGCAACCCUCGCCACCCCAGGACUUGCUAACACACUACUCCAUGGCACUGUGUCUCUUUAGGGUUUUGUUCAAUUGGACAGUGAAACACUUUAAUGGCAGAGUGAGUUCAAGACAGUCACAUAAUCAGGAUCUCAACAGAUUUUGUAUUGGCUUCCCACAACGAUAACAUCUGCUGAUUUUGAUGAAAUCCGUUAUUUUAGUAUUUUCCUAUUUAGAUCACAUUCCACUUAUAAGAUAUGCCUUAUUCUUACUGGAAAGUAUAGAGUGCAUCACUUUUAAAUACAUUAUAAAGUUUUGAGAGAUUUUGAUUUGUGUUUCCCGCUGGCACAUCUUUAUUUUUGCAUUUAUUUCGACGCCUUUAAUUGCGACGCCAAUAAUCAAAUGCAGUUAUCCAUAUAAUCACCUUAUUUAAAAUAAUAAAAAAAAGGCUAUGUACACAGUGGGUUAUUUAUAUGACGUGAAAUUUUAUUGCCUUCAUUUCAUUGGGUCGAAAUCACAGGGCUGUGGCUCGGUGACUGUAGGCCCUGUUUGCCCCCUCUUAGGGUUUUGCUAGUGUUUAGAUAAGAUAGUUUGUCUAUUUUUGAAUCUAUUAAUUUUUGUGGUCAUAUGGAUAUAUUUCAUCAGUGUGUUUGGACGUAGUUUCGGACAGGAUGGGGGGGGUUUAUUGACCAGGCGGAGGCGACGUACUGUCUUGUGGUUUCAAACAGUCGAUUGUGUGGUCUGUUUUAUGUCAGCGGGAUGAGCGGAGAGAGAGAACUAUAGCUUUAUUCUCCCUCCCGAGAAGCUCUUUGUUUAGGCUGUGACAUGUCUAUAGUAGUGCUGUGAAGGUUACUAAUGGGCUGGAUGCCCCCAAUCUGCCGUCAGGCUCCUGCUAUAAUAAUAAAAGGGGGUGGAUUUAGCCUUCCUGUGGACAUGGUUUUUUAGAUGGAAAUAAAAAUAGUAUUUUUCAGUGGGGAUAUUUUCAAUAUUAUUAUUAUUAUUAUUAUUUUUUUGAUGGCUGCGUGAUAUCCGGCUGCGCUUGAACGUGUAAUUGUGCCCUGUGAGAUCUGAUCAUUGGCGCUCUCAGAAAGAUGUACUACAGGCAAGCAUGAAUUGUGGAUAUGUAUAAAAUCUCUCUCUAAUUAUGUUUUUCCCCCCUUUUUUACUUCUUCUGUUAUGAUUUUUUUUUUUUUUUUUAAACUGAUAAUACAGGACAUGAUGGAGCCCAGUGGCACGUAUGUAUUUUAAUGGUUCAUCUGGAAGUUUGCUCAUUUUUAGUAGCCAAUCUUUAAGACCUUAUUAUUUCCCUCUUUUGAAUUAGCAUUAGCCUAAACAAAAUGCUAUUUGUGUCUUUUAAUGAAAGCAUUGUAUCUUGGGUUCACAUUCACACGCAUCCUUAAAUGAUGUACCAAACGAUACACAUUUUUCCAGUGGGGUUUAGUGUUACAGAGCCACACAAAUGUAGUGUCCUUUAGAAUGAUGUGUAUGAGAAGCUGUGACAUGGAAAAUAGGGUGAAAAUAAGCCUUUGUGUACACACACACACACACACACUCACUCACUCACUCACUGUUCUAGGCCAAUAAAGGCUUGACAUGUAUAGCCCAGCAAAACAAGCCGGAAAAGAGGUGUAGUGCCCAGAAAACCAGUAUGUCUGCCACUUUUGUUUACAAGAAUACUCAUUGUAAAAAUGGAAAAUAUAUAUUAUUUGUAUUUAAGUCAUUUCAAAUAAAAUAAUUUUUAAAAUUA